AUGGCGCUCCUCCUUCCUCCCGGCCUCACGCCAAACGAAGUCGGCUUCUUAUGCGAAAUGGAGCUUGUCACGGUGAUCCCACGACAACGACUAGACUCCCUCGAGUUGCUUGGUGGACCAACAGAAGCUCUCAAACCGCCCUUCCCAGCCCAGCUACCACUCUGGCUCGCUCUCCUCCUCAAACGCCAGAAACGAGCCAAUAUCUCCCCCCCGCCAUGGCUUAGCGUCCCCGCUCUAGAGCAGAUCCUCGACUUCGAGACCGAUAACAACUUCGCCGGCGUCUUCUCGCCUAGUCCAGACUUGCCAGCUCCUAGAUCAAGCGUGAACAUGCCAGAAGAUCCAUAUCUCAGCAAUCACACGCUGGAGAUGUCCGCUCCUUUCCUGAAGGACUCGAGUACUUCGCGAGCACAAGAGAACGCAUUGCCAUACCACUGGCUGGAGCUUUCACAUCUCCUGCUCACACACGCGGCCGACGAUUUCGACGAUCCGGACUCAGUCAGACGGCUUGUAAGAGAUUUGCGAGAAGUCAGGAUGAGCAAGUUACGGAAAGGUUUCAAGGUCUUGGAGUCGAGUGCGGGUGUGAAGAUGAAUGGGGUUGGUGGCAUGGAGAUUGCAGAAGUCAGAGGGUUUGUGGGUGGUGUUGUGGAUGGAUUGAGGAGGAUCAAUAAGUCGAGGGAAGAGGCGAGGAGAGAUCAGAUGGAGGAGGGAGGAGGGUUUGGGAGCAGUGGGAGAUAUGCGGAUGAUGACGAUGAUAUGGAGUUAUGA